GUGGAAGGGACAUGAAAGUCAGAAAGUAGGCAAGGAAGCAAGGGUUUUUAGGUUUAGCAAAAACAAAACUAGUAAUUCAGUAAUUACAGAAUAACCUGAUCAAAGUAGGUACCGUACGGUAGCGAAGUUGUGUGUUGGAAGUGGAAAAAACUUGUACUCUUAAUUUCAAGGUUAAAUACUGAAAUAUGAGUGUUCCAGCAUUUAUCGAUCUUCCUCCUGCAGAUCAGGCGAAGGAAUUGCGUGAGUAUCUAAAGUCAAUUGGUGCAGAGAUUGAUAUUGAAAACAAAGAAGAUCUUUAUGAAAAUGUCAGCGAUAUAAUUAAAUCAACAGAAAUUCUUUGGAAGAAUUGUGACAUCAGAGACAUUGAAGGAGUAAUAAACAGCAUUCUUUCUUCUUUUGUCAUUCCUCCUACAAAUUGUACGCCACUGAUAAAAGUUUUGUGUGACCAACUCACCAAAGCUGCAGAAUUUGGCAAAGCGUCUCUCUCUAUGCGAUUAUUGCAUAAUUUCUUUCAUGGUUACGACAUCAAAACACCUUUUCUUUAUGAUACAUAUUGUGCGUGGUUGAAAGUUGCUGGAAGUAAUGGAAGCAUUAAUCUUGUUCCUACCGAUUUAAAAAAGGUUAAUUCAUGGAUGGACUUGUGGGGUUCUACUGUUGAUCAAAGACAUACCCUAUUGAGACUGAUGUAUGAUGCUCAGGUAUCUUGUGGAAAUAGUGAUGAUGCAGCUGGCACAAUGAUACAGUUGCUUGGUGACUAUACAGAAGAUAAUGCUUCUCAGGCUAGAGAAGAUGCACAUCGAUGCAUCGUUCGGGCCCUUGCUGACAGUAAUACUUAUUUGUAUGAUCACUUAUUAACUUUGAAGCCUGUCAAAUUUCUGGAAGGUGAAACUAUAUUCAACCUUCUCAGUAUAUUCACAAGUGGAAUAUUAGAAGAUUAUCAGAAGUUUCAUUCUGAAAAUAGUGAAUAUUUGAAAAACAUUGGUUUGGAUCAUGAUUUUUGUCUUAAGAAAAUGAGACUUCUGACACUUAUAGAUGCAGUAACUGGCAAGAAUGAUGUGCCUUUUAGUGAAAUCCAAUCCCAAUUACAACUUGGUGAAGAUGAAUUGGAAGAAUUUAUCAUCAGUGCUAUACAGAGUAAAUUGAUCACAGGCAAAAUUGAUCAUCUUAACAGAAGGCUGGUUGUCAGUCACACAACACAAAGAACGUUUGGUCGACAUCAGUGGCAACUUCUUGCCGAUCGUUUGUUGGAAUGGAGGAAUAAUCUGAAUAAUGCUCACUCAAAGCUUGCUACAAUUGAUCCUAUCCAAUAAUAUGAAAAUCCAUUACAUGCUAUUGAAACACUUUUUGUGCCAUUGGUGUUUUGCUUCAAUCAUGGCGGAGACCUGUAUCAUUCAUCUUGUAUUUAAAUGGAAGUAUGGAUAUGUUAUGGGCGACAACAUUAUUUUUGUUUUUGGCUGUGGUUUUAAUCUUCAUCAAUUCGAAUCAUUGGCCAAGUUUUGAGAUGGAAUUAUAUUCUGAACAAGACAGAAA